AUGGAAAAGAACAUCUGCUAUCGGCAACGAAGGAGAAAAGAAGUCGUCUACGAUGAUUGCGUACUCGAGGACUCCUUGUCCCAAGGUGACUGGCACAUCGACGAGGACCCAUUUGUAGACUACGAGAUGCUGCUCGGAGGAUUACGAGCCUGUGCUGAGCGUAUCUCGAAGCCGCGCACGACAAACUUGGAUCGAAUUUCGAAGACCACCAAGGAAUUGUUGGAAAGAAGAAUUACUUGGAGGUUUGAUUUCAAUGCAUCGCUCAUUGAGCGGUUAGUAGCAAACACUAGCUGCAGAAAGGCCUUCCAAGAGAAUCUUUCGAAAUACAGGCAGAAGAAGGUUUUGGAAGCAGCGCAAAGGAGAACAAGUCUAAAGAAGUGCCGAAGGGAUCUCCGCGAACAUAAUAUUCCGCUAGCAGCCUUGCUGAGCGAAGACGGGACUCGCACGUCUUCUCGUCGUGAGAUGGAAAUCAUCAUCAUCAUCAUUCGGAGAGGUUCUACUCGAACCUUUUCCGUUCAUCAACUCCUGUGUCAAGCCCAAUCAUCCCUACUGGCGAAGUUCCACCACGGAUUCUCCCUUCGGAAGUACGAGUCGCUAUUACGAGCAUGGAACCUGACACAACACCGCCCCUGA